AUAUUCUUUUUAAGAACUACAUGCAAAUGAGACGUAUAUUACCAUAGCAGUAAUAUAGUACAAGGUAAUAAGGCUGAGGUUGAAGUGUGUAAAAUAAGAUGCUGGGGGUCUUUAAAGGGUUAACAGGAGGAGGCGCAGCAGCGGGCAGCUGGUCUGGGUGGAGUGAAGUUUAGAUGCGUAACGUUAACAAAUUAGCCAAGAGGACUGCGUUAUGGCUGUGUGAAAAGUAGCCUUCCAAGAGAACCAAAGACACCGUUUCUGCAGAAACUCGUCCAGGUCGCUACAGAGAACAACACUGAGCUGAGAUGAGUGAUGUGAGUGAAGAGUCGCUGCUGGAUUACUUCUACUCCGCCGGAGGCAGCUCCGGCAGAGUCAAAAACGCAGACAUACUGAAGACAUUUAAGCCCUUUAUUGGCCACGGUGACUUGCAGUUACGUGCUAAACACAGAGAGGAAUUCAAGCUCAUCAUUGACCGAAUCGCUGUGGUGAAGUCAGAGAAUGGUGAGAAGUAUCUGGUCCUGAAGAAGAAAUAUAGGCAAAUGCUGCAUGAGCGAGAUGCCAAACAUCAGUGGACGGACGGGGACGGACAGAGACGUUCGAGCCCAGGCAGAGCUCCUCCGGCCUCUGUACAAUGGGACGCGACGGGCACCUCCACUUCUUCACCUCAACAACAGUAUGAGCCGAUGUCAUGUGAAGAGCCCGACGGUGCUGCAGAGGACCAGCAGACAGGAACAGCCUUCAUGCAGAACGCUCUACUGCAACUUCCUGCCAUCCCAACCCAGGAACCCUCGGCGCAAAGCUACGGGGACGAUGAGCCGGACAAAGAUUCGGGGUCAAAGUCCGAAUCCGAGCAAGACGAGGAGUGUACGGGCAGCAUGGGCUCCGCUGCUGUCGCUCUGGAUCCUAUAGAGAAGGAGUGGAUCUACUCCGCUGCAGGUGCUCGAGUCCCUAACCUCUCACAUCUGCUCAGUCAGGACCCCUCGCUGGCAAACAAGAAGGACUUUACCUCAGGGUUUACAGCUCUGCACUGGGCUGCCAAACAUGGCAACAAGGACAUGGCUGCUCUGGUGGCUAAUGCGGGUGCUGAUGUCAACACCAAAUCACAUGGGGGAUAUACGCCUCUACACAUUGCAGCGUUACAUGGUCAUCGGCAUAUUCUAGACCUGCUCAUCGUGACAUAUGGGGCCAAAGAAAACUUAAGGGACUACAGCGGCCAUUUUGCCGGCCAUUAUCUGAACAUCAAAGAACCAGAGGGUCCAGAGGAAGACUGCGACCUGCAGUUUCAAGUGACUCAGGCCAGAGAACGGAACAGGAACAGAAAGUUGGCAUCGUUGUUUCACUCCAAGAAAAAGUGGGGCUCAGCAGAGGAGCUGGCCCCGAUAGAGGAGGAGAGGACGGCGUCGCAUCAGCUCGCCCUUCCUCCAUUCAGACCCAGAAAAUUCUCCCGCUGAGAAAAAAAACAGACCCCGGGGACGAUCUCUGACUCUGCUAGGCCUUCUACACUCACAUAUCCACUUAAACCUUACAUGCAUAUAUAUUUACACACAUGAUGUUAACCUACAUGUAUGUACAAUAGAAGCCUAAUAUGUGUAUAUUUGUUAUGUACACACAUACACCAACAUUUAAACCGUAUAUACGAUAUAAAGACACGAUCACACCUGAACAGCUCAUCUAUGCUGAACACGGAUGCUUUAACAUUAAAUAGGAGGUGUUGCAGAUGAUGCUUUGCUUCUACGUGUAUUAGCAAUAUUUAUGCUUAUACCAUAAAAGUAUUUCUUGAAGCCUUUACAUUUGAAUGAAUGUCGCUAUAUGUUACAUAUGCCUUACAAUUUCAAAUGAGCUCAGGCCACACGGAUUCUUUAAGAUCAUCGUCGCCUUUUGUUUGCGUUAAAGACGACGAGUAGACGAUAGGACUGUGAAGAUGUCCAGGUGAUCCAGAUUCACUCUCAGUGAGGAGUUAAAUGAUGAUUAAAAUAUAUUAAAAUAAGCAGACUAAACUUUUAAAAAAAGACACUGGUUUGUGUGUUUUGGUCUAUUAAAAAUAAUUUGUACUUGCUUGACAUUUUCCAUAACAUACCACAAGUUAGUUUAUAUUCAUGUCAGUAUGGCAUCAGACUCAAUUUGCAGAUACCUUCAUUUUGUAUUGAAUUAAUAAUUAUAAAAUCACAAUUAAUCUGUCAACUAAGGGAUAGAACGAAAGUUUAAACCAGCAUAAACCUCUACAGCGUUUUAAAUAUUUUAUCAUUUUUGUACAGUCCCUUAUGACAAUGAAGUAUUGUUGAUUGUUCAACUCCAGCAGCUGAGUUUGUGAUGCAAUUGAACCCUUUGCAUUUGUUUUCACCAAGUUUGUGUUUAUUGCUUAUUGGGUUUUUUUCCAAGUAGCUUAUGAAUAUGCAGCGCUGCAUGGCAGCAAAGUUGUAUUUCUCCAUGAAUGAAUACACCAGCAACAAACCCUGCUCAAAUAUUUAUGAGACAAUACAUUUACGUUGACAGAAAAGUGUGUUAAUCAACAUAAAGGCCGAUCCAUCAAUAAAAUUGUACACGUUUGUUGUGAUUAAUUAGCUAUUUCAAGCAAGAUUCAGUUUCAAGUAAAUUGUCAAACUGUGUUUAAGACAGUCGCUUCUUGGAAGGAAGCACAUUGGUGUAAAAGGUAACGCUACGCUUUGCAACUUUGUGAGUAAAGCGUAGUUAUUGGGCUACAUACAAAACCAUAAGUGUUAUUCUGAGCCCAGAGACAUGUCAGAGCACCAGAAGGUUUCAGACAACAUUUUCAUCUGCUGUCAAAAGAUGCUCAUUGUAAGUAUUUGUUUAUAAUUCAGUGCCAUUGUAAGAGGGAGUCGUGUAUUUUCAAGCUAAUUGUUUCAUCUAAACAAGAAAAAAAAAAAAAACUGCUUCCAUUACAUCUUUUGCACAAUAUUUAUAUAAUGAAGGUAUUUUGGUAUUAAACUAUAUUUUAUAUCAAACUGAAUAUUUGUGCUUUAUUCCUCAUUCA